GCUACUGGCACCUGCAUGCGCACGUACACGAUGGAAGGUGACAGGCAAUGGGUCAACACAGUAGCUGUGUGGCGCCCGCAUCACUGCCGCUUGGACGCCGUGCCAUCUCAAAGCCCGUACUCCUGCAAUACCGACAGCACCAGCGCUAGCAGCAGCAGUGAUUACAGCGGCCAGAACCUAGGUGCUAACUUGGAUAGGGUUUCCCACCGCAGCUCCCAGGGAUUCCCAGUUGCCUCUUCCGUGAAUCCAGCAACAACUGUCGUAUGCGGUACGUCAGCCGGCGAGUUAUGCUUGUACGACGUACGACAAGCAAGUCGCGCUGCACGUUUGGUGGAUGAGCAGCCUCCCCAUCUUGGUCAGCGUCAAGGUGCCGUGUACGGCACUGCGGUUUACGGCAAUGCGCUUGCAGUUGCUAGCGCCGCUGGCAGUGUUUGCGUGUGGGACUUACGAGCAGCUGCCGUACGGGUACGGCAUAAUACGGACGAGGAAGCUGGUGGCAUUGGUCUUUGCGCAUGUACGUCGGUGGCGAUGUACGGCCCCACGCUGGUAGUCGGAGACAUCGAGGGUCGUGUUUAUUACUGGAGUACUGAGGAGGAGAUUGAGGAGCAGAAGAGCUCGGGAAGGUGUACUGUCCUAGGCAAGGGAGCCGCCAAGGCGGCGCGCAGCAACCUCAGUAGCAGCAGCGGCCUCGCAGCUGCUGCCAGUUCUCCAGGCGCCGCCGUAAGGAGGCCGCCGCCGCUGGCAGCAGCGACAUCGGAGUUUAGCAGGUUCAGCCUCCGUCUGCGCGGUCCUGGUAGCAAGAGCACUGCUGCUGCUACGGGUGCCGGUACCAUUGAAGGUUUAUUGCCCUCUAGCAGCAGUGCUUGCGGCCGCGUUUCCGCUGCCCGUUUGCCGUGGUGGAUACGACAGCCGCCAGGAGCGCACCGCGGCUCCCCAUCCUCCUCCAGACGUGGAAGAUGUGGUGUCCAGGGGGCCUUUCGCGGUUGCAGCGACGGUGGUGGUGACGGUGACAGCGACAGCGACGACGGCGGUGGCGUUGCUGGUGGCAGCGGGGCCUGCCGCGGCAAUGCCUCCAUGGUUGGCAUAGACGGCGCCGUGACCGUAUCUACCCUGGACGCGUUGACGUGGUCAAACAACCGCCACCACAACCGUCUCGACCAACUGCUCGUCACAAACCAGCACAGCCGGCAUGAAAGCAACCGCUACUUUCAGGAUUGCUUCCCGCCUCCAAGUGGUUCUCCCCUCCCGCAGCGAUGCGCAGCGGAAUCCCCUUGGUUGUCGGCAUGUGCCGAGACAUGUCCGGAGGAGGCAGCAGCAGCGGCAGCAGCGGCGGGUACGGUAGCAGCCGGCGCGCCUUCUACCCAUGCAGCGGCCGUUCCUGGAAGGACUGCCGCUGCUGGCGGUGCCC